UGCAGCACACGGAGCUCCAGCAGGAACAAUAACCGGAGUCUGCAGUCUGUCUCUCCGGUUCUUUCUGCUCGCGGCUCCCGGAGCAGCAGGGACGGAUCCGGGCAUGAUGUCCGCCCCGCAGGUCUCCUCGUCCCGCAGACAGUCGUGUUAUCUGUGCGACCUGCCCCGCAUGCCCUGGGCCAUGAUCUGGGACUUCACCGAGCCUGUGUGCCGCGGCUGCGUCAACUACGAGGGCGCGGACCGGAUCGAGUUCGUCAUCGAGACAGCCCGCCACCUGAAGCGGGCUCACAGCUUCCAGGAGGCCCGGUCUCCCGCCGGCGGACCGCCUCCACCUCCGCAGCCCGCCGUGGCGAAGAGUCAGGCGGCUUUAAUGACCGGGAAGGAGCCGAUGGGGCAGCUGAACCACCACCAGCACCAGGCGGACGGACCGGGGAAGUCCCAGCAGCCCGGUUUGGACCGGUACUCGCUCGGUGCAGACAGCCGGGCUCGGUUUGACUACAGCGGGCACAGCAGCAGCAGGCUGCCCAACGGACUGGCCGGACCGAACGGGUUCAAACCGGACGACGGACCGCCCGAGCUGAACCGACAGAGCCCGAACUCGAGGAACAGGAUCCACGGCGGGCUGGUGUCGGCACCGGGACAGAUGAACGUACCUCCGAACCUGCUGCCUCAGACCCUGUUGGCGAGCAGAACCAACCCUCUCGGUGUCUCCCUGCCCGGCCAGGGGGGGCUGUCAGAUCCCGCAGGGAAGCGGCCCGCCUCGGUGUCCAGCACGGACCAGGAGCGGGAGCUGAAAGAGAAGCAGCGGAACGUGGAGGUUCUGGCCGAGCUGAGCGAGAGUCUCCGGAACCGGCAGGACGAGUGGGCGAGCAAGCCGAAGACGGUGAGGGACACGCUGGUCUCUCUGUCCGGAUCCACCCCGUUCGACGUCCGCUUCAAGAAGGACCACGGGCUGGUGGGCCGGGUGUUCGCCUUCGACGCCGUGUCCAAACCCGGGAUGGAGCACGAGCUGAAGAUCUUCAUCGAGUACCCGAGCGGCUCCGGGAACGUGUUCUCCAGCGCCUCGGGGGUGGCCAAGCAGAUGUACCAGGACUGCAUGAAGGACUUCGGCAGAGGGCUGUCCUCCGGGUUUAAGUACCUGGAGUACGAGAAGAAGCACGGCUCCGGGGACUGGCGCCUGCUGGGGGACCUGUUACCGGAGUCCCUGCGCUUCUUUAAGGAGGGGGUGGGGGGGGACAUGCUGCCGCAGCCCCACAUCGACGGCAGCUUCCCGCUGCUGCCCACCUCCCUGGUGCUCCCGGGCCGGGCUCUGGCUUCAGGCAGCGGGGGCAGCAGCUCCAGGGCCGGCGUGAGGAAGAGGAAAGCCUCCCCGGAGCCGGACUCUGCGGACCUGAAGCUGACGGAGGAGCAGCAGAGGCAGCAGUGGAUCAACAGCCAGACCGAAGCCCUCAAACUCUCCAUGGCGGCGAGCUCCUUCACCGGGCCGCCGCCUCCUCUCGGUCCGGGACACUCCGGCCCCCCCUCCGGCCGCGCCACCCCCCCGGACUCCUGCGCUCCUCCGCAGAACGGACAGUCCCCGAUGGCCGCGCUCAUGUCCGUGGCGGACACGCUCGCGAACGCGCACUCCCCCAACAAGGACAGAGACUCGGUCCACUCCACCACCUCCUCCAGACACAACACCGGCAGCCCGGUGUCGCCCGCCUCCGCGUCCGGGCAGAGGCGCCUCUCGUCCCGCAACGGAGACCUCGGACUCUCCGCCGCGUCGCAGUCCGCCGGUGGCAUGGACCAGGCGCACGCGCAGAACGUGCCCGACUCCCCCAUGGCCAACAGCGGGCCGCUGUGCUGCACCAUCUGCCACGAACGCUUAGAGGACACGCACUUCGUUCAGUGUCCGUCCGUCCCCGGACACAAGUUCUGCUUCCCCUGCUCCAGAGAGAGCAUCAAGGCCCAGGGGGCCUCCGGGGAGGUGUACUGCCCCAGCGGGGAGAAGUGCCCGCUGGUCGGCUCCAACGUGCCCUGGGCCUUCAUGCAGGGGGAGAUAGCGACCAUCCUGGCCGGAGACGUGAAGGUGAAGAAGGAGCGGGACCCCUGAGGAGGAGGAGGAGCCACAACUCCUCUCUGGACUUUCUGUCAGUGGAGCUUAUUGAUCUUUGACUCUUUUUGUUUUCUUCAGAAAUGUAUCGAUGCUGAUGGAGUGAUUAUUGAUCAGUCACGUGGGAUCUUUAAUCAGGUGAAACAGCAACAGAAUCCUUAGAAACACCUUUUACAACUUUGAAUUUUAUGAUGAGGAGGAAUGUAACUUGGUCCCAUAACAAUAUUUCAGUAUUGAUUCAUUUAAUUUUAGGCCACAUGCGGGUUUAUUAGCAGAUCUGAUGUGACCUGGUUUAAACAUGUGACCCAUGAUGUAAACCCUCUGCGGAGCCUCUGCUGUUCCUGAUGAACCUGAGCGCUGCAGUCGCUGCACGCACUAAAGGAAACACCUCAAACUCUCCAGAGAUCAGAGUUUUAUUAGAGUCACACAGAAAAGCAGGUCUGUCUGAGGGGAUUCUGGGCCCUACAGCUCCAACUAAUGAUAAGUUGCAUUAUCAAUUAAUCUGUCAAUCAUUUUCUCGAUAGAUUGAAAAUUGUGACACGUGUCGAUCAGUGUUUCUCAGCCUGAGAUGGCGCCGUCCUUAAACGUCUUGUUCUGUCCAAAACCCCAAAGAAAGCAGAACAUGUACAGAAAUUUAGACGUUUUGUCUUUAAAAAAAGUCUCAAAGCGUUUCAUUGAUUAUCAAAAUAGUUGCAGAUUAAUUUAAUACUUGACAACUAAUUGAUUAAUCUGAUUGUUUCAGCUCUAGUCCCAAUAAAAACCGUCACAUCACUCCAGAUCAGUAAUUAUCAGGAGAAAUAUGAAGGUUUAUUUUUGCUCCUGAGUGAAAGUUAAUGUGGUUUUAACUUUUCUUGCUGCUCAGAACAAACUCUUGAUGCCAAACAGAAGAUCGCUUCACAGAUCAGACCUGUUCUGAUCAAAUCAACAAAAUAAAUAUCUUUAAAAAUAAAGUGCUGAUUCGUUGGUGGUUCAGAUGAGUGAAAUCAAACAUUUAUUGAACAUCAGUUAUGUUGUUACGUUGCGAUAAUGAUCGUUAGUGUUUCAUCGCCUGCGGAGAAACAGUUUCAGAGCUCGCUGUGUAGAACAGGCCUCAGAGAUGAUUGGUCCACAGACUCAGGGGCCUCCUGCUGCUGUCGGCCCUGAAGCUCAUCUGAAUGUUAAAGUUCAGAGGAGGAAGCUUUGUGCUGAGGAGAAGCUGCCGAUGAACCUCGGUUUACAGGAUCGCAGUCGCUCGACACGUUUCACAGAACUUCAGCUCCAAAGUGCUGAUCAAAAGAAAAGCGCGCUCAUAGCUUCAGGUUCUGCGUUUCCUCCCUCACUAAGUAAACAUGAAGGAUUUUCAGCUUUUCAGACUUAAUUUUCCUUAAAUGAACCAGUUUUAGGCCAAAAUGACAAACUAGAUUAAAGGAAAGCGGCUCAGAGUUUCUUGCAGCAGCUCUCCUCCUGACGGGAAACAUUUAAACCUGCAGGGAGAUCCAGUCUGUUGAAAGGCUCGACCUUUAAUGAAGAUGUGAUGAACACUGAUAAUUUGUAAAGUCUGUGGUGGAGAGCAGAGACGACGCGGUUCAUGAGUAGAUGAGACCGAUGAGCGCAGGUCCAGCCUCUCGUCCUGGACCCCAGAGUCCAGACCACUAAAUAAUCCAGCCGUUCAUCAGGAGGCUUUAAUUCAAUUCAAUUUUAUUUAUAUAGCGCCAAAUCACAACAACAGUUAUCUCACAGCGCUUUUCAUAAAGAGCA